UGCACUCUCAAGCGCAGUUCUUGAGCUGAGCUUCCGGAUCACCUAUUACUGAAAAAAUAUCCGUCAUGUCCUCUAUGCGUGUGUACGUUUGGGCACUGUCUCUGAUUUCCUCCAUUCAGCCUGCAGUGUGUUAGCUCUCAAAGGAGACACGGAGAGUUCAGGAGAGCACACAGCCCCAGGAGACGCAAGACAUGGGCAUUCCUCCUGCCCCACGGACAGCAGGGCGAUGGAGGAAGAAGAAUUUGAAAUCCUUUUCCCGGAGGAACCUGAAGAAGGUGCAUCUCAGGAUCCUUCUCCAGACGGGUCAGGAGGGCUGUGGGGGGAUGAAGGGACCCCGCAGAUGCUGAGGCUCAUCCUGGUGGGAAAAUCUGGGAGCGGGAAAAGCGCCACGGGAAACAGCAUCCUUGGGAGGAGAGUGUUCGAGUCCAAGCUCAGCGCUCGCCCGGUGACCCAGGCCUUCCAGGAGGGGCGCCGCACGUGGGCGGGGAGGGAGCUGCAGGUCAUCGACACCCCCGACAUCCUGUCCCGCUGGGAGGCGCCGCGGGGGACUGCUCAGGGCAUUGGCGAGGCUGGCGCCUGUUCCUGGCCAGGGCCGCACGCGGUGCUCCUGGUGACUCAGCUCGGCCGCUUCACCGAGGAGGACCAGCGGGUGGCCAGGCGCCUCGAGGAGGUGUUCGGGGCGGGCGUCCUGGCCCGCACCGUCCUAGUGUUCACGCGGAAGGAGGACCUGGACGGCGGCUCGCUGGGGACGUACCUGCGGGAGACCGACAACCAGGCCCUGGCCGAGCUGGACGUGGUCUGCUCAAGGCGACACUGCGGCUUCAACAACAAGGGGGACGGAGCCGAGCAGGAGGCCCAGCUGAGGGAGCUCAUGCGGCACGUCGAAUUGGUCCUGUGGGAGAACAACGGCCGCGCCUACAGCCCCCCGGCCGCCCCCCAGCCCCGCGCUGCGCCCUGUGAGAGCUGGGG